ACAAAAGGAAGUGGACGAUACGAAUGCACUUUUCGUCCUUCGUCCGGGUUGCGCUGCCCACCCCUAGGAAUAUGUUCAGUCACCAACUCGCCCAGCUUGCUGCGUUAAUAACUUCAGUAUAGUUUGUGUUGGUUAUCAGCAGGUUCGUGCAUAAAAUGCAUCAGAAAAAAAAGCCAGUGGUCGCACAAGGAAUGCCGCUGGCAGCGUCAACGUUUCGAGAGAAAAAAAGUCUUGUCGUCGUCAGUGCAGCAGCGGCUGCUGCCCUCACGAAAGCAGGACGACUAAUCGCUUGUUCAACUACUGUUGAUCAUAUGAGAAAGUAGCAUUUGCUUUAACUGUUUAUUUUGCUAGAUAUUCAGGUAAACCACUAAAUGGGCACUUUUCUACGUAACAAAAGGAAGGCAAUAUCGAGAGCAGACUUCGUGGACAAUGAUUUGAGCGUUCUAAGCCAGUUAGAAGAAAUGACACGUACACUACGACGUGGAACAGAUUUUAAGGCACUAACGAUACACUAGAGCUGAGCUAGCCUACUCUAGCUUGAACGAAUGAGGGUUCCAUGGUGCUAUUUUACCAUGCAAACAUUCUUGCGCAUGUAACAUGGAAUGCGGUUAGCAUAGUUGACUACGUAAUUAAUAUGCCUGCCAAGAAAGGUUAGUAUGUUACAAUGUGCUCCUAAAUACUGCCUUUCCUGAUGUGCUGCCAUCACUGCUGUAGUUUGUAACUGUAUAAUAGAACGACGUCAUCAGAGCGUUAAUUCACUCUUAUUAGGAUUAAGGCGCAUGUUCUCGUGUGGUACAUCAAGCGGAUGCAUUGAUAAUGCCUUCAUGGAUAAGAGACGUGUCAGCACUAGAGGAAGGCAUGUUAUAAUUUACGAAAGCAUUCUAAUUCAGGGACCGAUAACGCCACGCAACUUACUUUAAUGCAAAAACAUUAUAUGGCUGAUGAUCCAGGUGGAAAAUCCGGCGUUGGCGUGACCAUACGAUGGUACAAAAAGGCUACGAACCCUCGACCUUUGGCGGGAGUCAAACUCAAGGCCUUCGGUGCUAAUUAAGGCGGAGCUAAUUAGGAUUUAUUUGAUCAAGAUACAUUUAAUUAAGACACUCGAACCGUAAGGCUUUGGUGGAAGUCGAACACUGGACCUUUGGUGGGAGUCGAACCCACGACUUUUGAUGUUAAUUAAGGCGAAGUUAAAUUAAGACGGGUGAAAGAGCAUAGGCAUCGCGCGGUGUUCGCAAUGCUUUCGCAUUCAUUCACGUAGGAAUAACUAAAUGCCCCUUCAAUUUUUACGAGUGACAAAGCGGAGGCGGCCGAUAACAGUAACUAGAAUAGUUUUCACAAUGCGAUAAACCUCACUUCUGCUAAACUACCUGUGAGACGCUCAGGCAGCAGGCGAAAUUUGUCUAUAUAUAGCUGCGAUGUGCCUCUUAUUCGUACCUCUUUCAGUUAGUGGAUGAUUGUCUCCACAGGCGUAAUUAGCGGACAUUCCGAAUGCGUAAGUAACGCUUUGAAUCGUAGUCUAGCUUUGAACAAGGGCGCCACUGUGAUGGAAAGUAAUCUAUCGACAACAUAACCCGUCUAUGCCGAAUCUCCGCUUAAGUUCUUUCACCGGCUGACUGCUUACCGGUGAGAGAGAGAGAGAGAGAGCAGAACGCAAGGGUGGCUACUUUCAGACAUUGCGCAAACAGCUUGCCAAAUGGAGCCCCAUGAUCCUGCUUGGAAGCACCCUGUCGUAUAAGCAAAAGUGAGGCUGGGAACGAAAAAGACAAACGGAGAACGUGAUGAGCUGACUCAUUUCACCACGACGAAAGAUAGCGCGGCCCUGAUCCCCUGCCUAGCUCUCUAUUACUUUUACUCGUGCAUCCAAGGGGGCCAACUAUCAGAUAGAUCAUUCUCCGCGGCCAGACAAACGAGGCGGUUCGGAAAGAAGGCAAAGAGUCGGCGAUGCCUCAAUAAUCGGGCAGCCGCAGACGACGGCGCCCGCCGGAGGAUCACCGAGAAAGAAACAGGACCAACAGGAACGAACGAACGUGAGCGCCGUAAUCACGGCAGCUGGAGGUAAUUUGAUCUGUCAUUUGCGCAACUAUCAGCUCUGCGCCGCAGUCGGUCGGUCGCUUUCGAGGAGGGGGCGAGCGCCGCCGGCCAGUCUAGACGGCCGACGACACGCGUGCAUUCGCCGCCGCCGCCUCCUCUUCUUCCCAAGGAGCUCGAGAACCGGAUGCGUUGCCGUGCAAGCAGCGCCCGUUCGGCCAGCUUCCUUCCACAGUGAUCGCGGUGCUAGGUCGCCCAAGAGCGCCGUCGCCGUGCAUAGAGCCGGACUCGAAGAAGCAAGGCCGGGCCCGGAGUCCGAACUCUGAACCCUGGCGAGGAGGAGGAGCAGCAGCAGAAAACGGUGCUUUGACCUCGGCGCCGCUUCGAGCCGUCGCCGACGGGGGCGCGACUGCGCCGGCAGCGCGCCGAGGGCGAGGAGGGUUCGCCGGCGCCAGCGGGGCCCCAGCAGACGCGCCAGUCGGCCUCUUGCUAUGCGCCGAGUGCUGUUGUGGGACGACUGCAUCUACCGUGUGGGGGCGCCGCGCGUCGUCGUCGCAGUAGUCAUGGCCGCCGAGCAGCAGCAGCAGAAGCGUGUCUCAUCGGCAGUUGCGGGCCCGUGCUCUAGCGCCGGUCGUGUUUAGCAGUGCGGCCCGGCGGCAGCAGUGUGCAGCAGUGGCGACCGUGUGCAUGUGGCGCGGUGCUCGCGGGCGGCCGUCGAGCCCCAGAGCCGCCGCCAUGGGGGCCGGCGGGGCCGCACUGGGGCGGCGGCGACAGCGGCAGCGGUGAGCAGCGCGUCCCGCUCGGCGGCCUGUAUGCCACGGCGAGCUGGGACACCUCGGCGCUAUGGUGUGCGUUCAUGUUCGCCAGUAAGCGGUGCAAAUUGUUGAAACGCCUGUGGGAAGAAAGCGUCAAACUGGUGGCGUCGUACUACGCGUCGCCGCAGCCGCCGCUGUGCGCGGCGGCAUCGCCGACGGUCAGCUAUGAAGCCUUCUGUUCGCUGGAGGACCGCAAGGCCGUCGAGUCGAUGCUGAAGCAUCUGUGCGUACCGCAGCUGCAGACGAUGCUGCAGGCGGUGCAGACCAAGGGACGUAAGGGCUGCGAUUGCCUGCUGUUGCCACACCACGACGUCGAGCUGCUGCACGAGGUUGUGGCGCCGCACGUGCUCUGCUGCCGACUCUGGCGCUGGCCCCAGCUCCGGCACCACUACGAACUGAGGCGCUUGCCCUGGUGCGCGGCCGCGUCGCCACCCAAGGUCUGCUGCAACCCAUACCAUUGGAGCAUCGUGCAGAAGCCAGAGUCUCCACCGCCACCGUACAGUCUGCAGACCUUGGAGGAGAGCUACCUACCGAUUGAAUCGUCGCCGCCGCCUCCUUACAGCUUUCAGUCGAUGGCAGAUGCCUGCUCGUCGCCUUUCGGCUACUCGGCGACGACCCCUGUGGUGGACUGCACCGCUGGGCCAGUCGGGGAGGCCAGCGGGGACGACGGCGAACCGUGGUGCCGCAUCGCCUACUGGGAGCUGAACGAGCGCGUGGGAGACCUGUACUCGGUGCAGCGGCCGUGGUUGCAUGUCACCUUCGAUGAGUGCGCUCCCUCGUCGGCGCGCGAAGAGGCGCUCCGGCUGCACUCGCUGGCUGAGCGCUCUUCUUCCCCCGGCGCGCCGUGCAAGGAGGAGCGCGACGUGGUGCGGACUACGCGUGCCAAGAUCGGCCAGGGCCUGACCCUGCUGCACGAGCGCGACGGCGUCUGGCUCUACAACCGCUCCCAGCACGCCGUGUUUGUGGCGUCGCCGACGCUCGACGUGCCCACGGUGCGCAACCUCACAGUAUUCAAGGUGCUGCCCGGCUACUGUCUGCGCGUCUUCGACUGGGAGCGGGCGCGCUUCUACCGCAGCAUCCCGUCGGUCUCGUGGGACGGCCCGUACGCGCCCAACGUGGCGCGCAUCUCCUUCGUCAAGGGCUGGGGCCCCAACUACGUCCGCCAGGUCGUCACCGCACUGCCCUGCUCCCUCGAACUGUUUUUUCGCACCACGCCGCCUCCGCCCAGGUGAUGGGGCUGAAAAGAAAAGAAAAAAAGAACUCUCGUUUUCUUUGUUCGGCCCCGGCUGGACGAGAGGCUCCCGUGCCGUUGUCGCGGGUUGCGGGUCUGCCUGACCUCUUUAUUUUUUUUUUUUUUUCUUAACAUUCUCGCACUGCCCCACUCCCCGUGCUUGUGUCGGCCGGACACGCGGCAGCGGCUGCGUCCCGUCGCUAUGAAGGCGGCGCGGACGCGUUCGUCGUGGCAGGGAGCGAGACCCCGGUAGGGAGAGGCUUUUUCUUUUUGUGGUCUUUACGGUUUGCGCCGAGGAAGCAGAGGGUGUGUGAAAGCUUUCUGGUUACGUGUGCGCGGGAAGUUCCUCGGGUAGGCUGAAGUGGCACCGUCUCUUUCAUUCGCUUUGUUGCUCCCCGACCAUUCAGCUGGAAACAACUGGCUUGAGUGCGCAAAGAGGCAAACGAGCGUUGCGUUGCGACUGAUUAGGCCAGGUCGUCGCAUUGUACUUCUUCACAGCUGAUUGGUUGUAUUGUACCCUCACAAUUGGCUCGUAUGCCACAAGCCCGGUGUUCUCCGAGGCGCGCAUGUUAUGAAACCAUGUGUUAACAGAUAGUGUAGUUUUUGCUAUCAUUAGUCAUCUGCAGUUAAGAGCUAUUCAAGCAUUCGAAAUGCACUGCUCCCAUUCUUCUAGUGUGCUUAUCAAAAACUUGAUUUUGGGUUUUGUUCUCAUGGACCUGCCAUGCUUUCGUUUGUGUAUGUACUGAGGAUCAAAAUCCGCUACAAUGAGUCGUUUGAUUUAAGCAGUUAACAGGGGCACGCUUUGCAGUCAUUAAGAUCUAACUACCAUGAUCAGUAUACAAGUAUACCAAUCGCAUACUUUUCAGCAUCAAAGCCUCACGUCUGAGAGCUUGAAAUUGAAACAUUGUGCAGAGCACAGCUUAAUUUUGCGUAAAUGCCAUCUUGUUAACUCGCAUAGAGCACUGUAAAGAUGGACUGUUACCGACUUUAGGUGCCGCUAUGUUCGAGUUGCUCUGUACUACCCAGUCCGUCAUUGCACAUUAUGUUGACCUUUUCAUUUGCUACUGUGUACUCUAAUCCAUGCUCACCUGCCAAGGCAGAGAGUAACGAAUAUGAAUAUGCUUAUUGGUCAUUAGAAAAUGCAUUUCAAGCCCUUGAUCGACUUGUGUAGUCCUAUUCCUUGCAUUACUUGACCAAAGGGAUGUGGCUUUUCAUUUCUUGUGGGGUGUUUUGGGUACGUGCUAUUUGCCAGGUUAGCAAAGAGUGGAGUACACAUAGUGUGUGCACUUAUGGAUGUCUUCAAAACAAAAAAUCCAUUGAAAUACCAUAUUGAGUACAUAAAAUAUGGCUGCAUUCACAUAAAUGUUGUAAAAGUCUAGAUUCCAUAAAGACUAGUGCCUAUUUUUCAUAUUGCAAAAAGUUCUGUUCCUAUUGGCACUGUGUAGCUGUAUAUUUGUUGCUACUGUAUCUUGAAUGUAGCCCUGGGCAGAGGUUUUAGCAGCUAUCUUGUGCCUGCUCCAGUUAACUGUAAAGGCAAAUGUUUAGAAGCAGAAAUUGCUUGUGCCGAUGCUUCUGUUGUGUGUUCUGAAAGGAUGUGCUGAAAUCAGUCACAUUCAAUAGUUCUGUCCUUGCUCAAAGCGCAGAUGGAAACACUUCAGCUAUUCUUUACACUAGCUUUACAGCUGUACUUGUCUUAAUUGUGACCAUUAAAGACACUGAAAUGGUUUUUAUGCUGGUGUAUUACGCACAUUUAGUGUCAGUUUUUCAAAAUCUAUUAAAGUUUAGUAUUGCUACUGUAAACUGUUUGCCAAGGCAAGUACUGAGGCCAUCUGUUCCCAUGAUUUGACUGUUCUUCCGUCAGCUGGAUGACUGCAUGUUGCUUGUGUAGGAGCAUCAAUCGCUAGCAUGAUGGAAUGAAUUUAACUUGCCUGGCACUGCAAAGGGCAUUGAAAUUGAAAACAAUUUUUACCAUGUUACAGAAUUUGGCAACAUUCCUUGUCUUGGUAUUUAUUUAGCUAUAUAUUUUGUCAAGUUAUGUGCUUGAAUAUCAUCUUUUCUAACCAUUUCAGUGUCUUUCAGAAAAUCGCUAAAAUAAUACUGUUGGUUUCCAUGCAAAAUGUGCCAGACUUGUGCUGUAAGUUUAUGUCGAUGCCCCUCCCUCCCUCUCUCUUUCAUUAGCUGAUAUGGUCGAGAUGCUUGCAAAGAUGAAUACAGCGCUUGAUGGUGUAGUCUAUGAUAACCGGUGUCAAGUUUGUGCAACAUGUGUUGACCGAAGAAUCUGUGAGGCAGGUAGAAAAGGCAGCCUGUUGCACUGUCACGUGUAGCCUAUAUUCUGCUUGGUGAAAUGCUGGGGAAGAUCAUUUGUGAGAUGUGUUAACCUUGAUGAGAGGAAGCACUAUGCUAUUCUCAUAACAUUUCUGUUCUCUUAAAAGAGGACGACCCACUUGCUCCCCCUAGUGUUGAAGUCUCUGUUGCAAAGUGCAAAAGGUACUAGCUUGCCCGAAGCAGCUUCUUCCUUCAUGCGAGUCAGCUUAUUUAUUACCGUGGUUCCCGCUGAGUAGGGAAGAAAGGACUGCCUGCUAUGCCUUUAUAUAUAUAUAUAUAUAGAUAUAUAUAUAUAUGCGUGUGAUGUCUCUCAGCACAGCCUCCUUUUCCCAUUUUACCCCUGCUCUCAUUUCUCUAAAGCCUCUCCUGAAAGGAAAAGAACAGAGUACAAAUUGCUUGUUGCAUUCUCUUUGGUGUGUCUGUAUCCCCUUUGCUGCAACUCGGUAUCUUUGCAAGCAGCUGCGUGUUGAGCAUGUGGACAGUGUGUAGUGUGUUAAUUUGUUGAGAACUCGCGCUGUUUACUGUAUCUAGUUAUUUUUUAAUAUUAUUAUGGUAAGCAUGAAGAAUGGAGUUACUUAAAUCAGAUGCGUGUUGUUUGAGUCAUCUUCACCUUUCAAGCUCUCAGACUCGCCCACCUGUGCUCAUUCUUCUCAUAAACCGGUGCCCAGCCUGAGAGAUAUGUUUAUUGUAGAACAGAUGUUUGCUUCCUAAAAAGCUUCGAGUCACCUGUGCAUUUCUUUUCUACUUGUUCUUAAUCAGGUCAUCACAAUAACUCCUUUCUUGUGGCACAGCACAGCCUUUAGGGCUAGGGUGAGCACUUGAUGCCCCAAUGCUUGUCUCUUGCACUGUCCAAAUUGACUUGGCUCUCUACAGACCCCCGCCCCACAGUCAAACCUUGAUGGAGGCAUUUUUAUCUCAUAGGUGCAUUUGUAGAAGCUUUGGUUGCAUCUCCUGUUCCUUUGAAGGGUCAAGACGAGUGUUCCACAUUUCCCUUGCCACUCUUAUCACACUGUUCAUUUGUCAUGACUUUCCUCUGAGCUUUGACUGGCAGCUUUGCUGAGUUGCUUAGCACUAACCUUGGCCAGGGCAGCCAAAUACAGCCUGCACACCGUUUUCAAAACUAGCUAAAUGAGUGUUCUUGGUGCUGUUGCAGUUUAAGAUAUUGCUUCCUUUGAAUUCUGACCAGACAACCUGAAAAAAGAUGCUUCAGUUGCCCCAAGGCACCUUGUUGAUAAUUUGCUUUGAAAUGCAUGCAAAUGCUUCCAUGUAGCUCAUACAUAUGUUGCACAUGGCAUCUUCGAAAAUCUGUAUGAAAGGAAGUGUGUGAAUGAGUCCAACAUGCUUUAAUGUGUGUUAGUGUUUCAUGUUUAUUGCUAUGCUUUCUCUCUCUUCUCACUCGUCACAACUUUUACCUUUUCUUCUAAAGUACAGCAUCUUGACCAAGCCCACCUGUCAUUGUGUAGGAAUGUGAUGUGCCUUUUAUUGUUUCCUCUUAACAUGUUGUGGGAGCUUGCUUCUUCCCAAUCGACAGCUUGAAAGCAUGAUUGCCAAGCUUUGGGUACACGUUUGUCCACCUCACCGCACUUUGUGGGGAAAUGUCUCGUUCUCUAGAACUGUGCAUAGUGGGUGCCCAGCCUGGUUUGCCUUCCUGACCGCGCAAACGUGGCCCUCCGUGUAUGCAGCUCAUGUCUUCCAUAUUGGGCAGACCCUAUCCUUCUAGCAGGGGAGGGCCUAGUCCCCUUUCUUCAUCACACAUCUCACAUUUUUCACACCUGCGUCACCAUGUGGCCUCCGUAUGUAACCUUUCCCCAUUUAGCUUUCUAUGCUUUCUAUGGAGGCCUUGCUGCAAGCAAAGGCACUGAGCUUCUACCAACACUGUGCUCAGCAGGUCUGGAGUUGUGCGAACGCUCUGUCACUUUACCUGCCCAUGGAACUCGGCAUUAAACUCUUGUGAGGGAGAGAUGGAGUUUUGAUUGGUGGCGCCUCCUGUGGCACUUUUCUUUUUAGCAGUCUAGUAGGCUUUGCAAGUUAAAACAGGGUUGGGCUGAAAAGCCAUUUUUAGGGCACCUUGUCAUGUUGCACUCCUCUUCUCUAGCUUGUUGUGUCUGUUUAUUCUUUCUUCCUCUCGUUUUUACUUAUGAAAGAACACACAAAGAAGUGCCAAAAUCUGUAGCAGCAACGUCGUCGUUGUCUGCGUCUCUUGUUAGGGCUCAGGUUGGGGGGAAUGCAGGGAAACUGAGGAUGCUGUAGCAUCUUUCGUUGGGGUGAAAACACUUAUCACAUCUGCUGCCGUGGCUACAGCUUUGUUAGCAGGCCAAGGCCUUAGUGCCUCACUGCAUCUCUUUCAUGUCUAUUGCAUGCUAAGCAAACCUGUGAAUGUUUUCAGCAAAAGCGCAUUCUUGUGGUACGUGCACGUGCAAAUCACUCUGAAAAGAAAAACUAUUCCAUCCACUCUUUGGUAACAGAAAGAUUAUAUAAGUAUAUACAUAUAUAUAUAUAUAUAAAUAUAUAUAACUGAUGUGUGAACAUACUGUUACGCAGCUAUAGAAGCUAGGCGAAGCCUGCAGAAAGUGCCUGGUCGGUUGGGGGGCUGGGGGGGAUUGUGUAAUCCGUACACUGUUGUUGAGCGUGUGUGUAUAGAUGCACUUUCUUUUAGAUAAGUAGUCUUCUUUCCCCUUAGAAUAGCCAAACGAUUUUGUGCUGCCCUUACUUUUCUUCAGACGCAUGUGUCGAUAUCUGUGGCUCCAAGAAGCAUAUGAAAAAACUUUUCUACGCGUGGUAUGGAAGUGACAAUCCAAUACCAUUCUGCCUGCCUCAAUGCCUUACGAAUACUGUGAAAUAGAAGCAAAUGUACGAAAAAGCAGUGUGUGCGUGCAUGUGUGUUUUAAUAAGUUUGCUCAAGCGUCCUAGACUGUGCUGUAUUAUAUGUUUCUUGUUUCAUUGUAUUGGAGUGUGGAGGCACGAUGAGAAUGACUUAACGAAAGCUUUCCUUUUUCCCAUGCAUUUUUGUACAUAUGUAAAGUGUAAAUAAUACGUUUUUUUUUUUUUUUUAAUAGUAGGUAUGUGUUUUUCCCCUUGUGACCGGUUCCGCUGUCAAAUGCGUGGCUUUGUACAAAUUCUGUCAGAAAUGUACAAAAUGAAAAAAGAUACUUUAUACUGUAAUAAAGGUACAGGUAUCCUA